CAAAACAAUAAAGCCUUUCUUCCACCAAACUUAAUCCCACUACCCCAAAAAACAAAACCCAUUGAAAAGAAACGCAAAUGGAAGAAAAGAAAAAGAAGAAGAAGCAAAAACAUGAACACCCCAAUGAUAAAACCACAAAACCAACCUCAGAAUUCUCAUUCAAACCAAGUUCCGAAGUGAAAGGUCUAAGAUUCGGCGGUCAGUUCAUAGUUAAAUCCUUCACAAUCCGACGAGCAAAGCCACUGGAACUACUCAAGCUCCUCGAUUUCACCCCACCAUCACACAAACCCCCCAACAACAAAAUCCCUUUCCCUUCAACCACAGCUUUUCUACCAACCAAUUUCACCAUCUUAGCUCACCAAGCUUGGCACACACUCACUUUGGGUCUAGGCACCAAGAAAUCGAAGGUGCUUUUGUUCGUUUUCGAAUCGGAAGCCAUGAAAAUCGCGGUGGAUAAGAUUUGGCCAAAUGAGAUCCCGCUUGGUGAAGUGAAUAAGAAGCUGAUAAGGGGAUUGAAAGGGUGUGAAAUGGCGAGGUUUAAGUUCAGGAAAGGGUGCUUAACAUUCUAUGUUUAUGCAGUUAGAGGUAAUGGGAAUGUCGGUUUUCGUUGUGCUGAUGAUUUGAGGAUUGUAUUGCAAUCUGUUGUUGAACUCAAUGAUUUCUUGGAUCAUACUGCUAUGCUUGCUAUGCCUAAUCAGAGAAGCCUUAAUUACAGUGAUCCAGUUGCAAUGGCUCACUAAUUUUUCUUCUUUUUUUCUUAAUGGGGAAUUGGUUUAUUUGUUGGAUCAUCUUUGUUCAUGUUAUUAGUUUUCCUUAAAUCUUUGAGAAAAAAAAAUUGUAGUAUGAAUAAAUUUGCAGUAGUGUAUACUUUUUUUCUGGGAAAAUUUUCAACAAUUA